GGCUGGGCUCCCUCAGUACUAGAGGGAGGCGGCGGCGGCGGCGGUGGCGGGCUCGGGUCAAGGGCCUCCAGAUCGGGCUUGGGCCCAGAGCAUGUUCCAGAUCGCAGAGUUUGAGCAGAGUGAGCAAGAAGACUCCAGCCCUGCAGAUAGGGGCCUGGGCCCCAGCCCCACGGGGGACCGGCCCUCAGGCCUGGUCAGGCACCAGCGCACGGCCCCAGGCCUCCUGGGGGAAGCCGGUCACCAGCAGGAGCAGUCAGCCAGCAGCAGCCACCAUGGAGGUGCUGGGGCUGUGGAGAUCCGGAGUCGCCACAGCUCGUACCGCACAGGGACCGAGGAGGAUGAAGGGAUGGAAGAGGAGGAGCCCAGCCCCUUCCGGGGCCGCUCGCGCUCGGCGCCCCCCAACCUCUGGGCUGCACUACGCUAUGGCCGCGAGCUCCGGAGGAUGAGCGACGAGUUCCAGGGCUCCUUCCAGGGACUUCCUCGCCCGAGGAGCGCGGGCAUACCGACGCAGAUGCAGCAAAGCCCCAGCUGGACGCGCGCCAUCCAGUCCUGGUGGGAUCGGAACUCGUCGAGAGGAGGCUCCGCCCCCUCCCAAUGACCUCCCGCCGCCGCUGGUGGCCAUUUUGGGUGUGGGCGGAAGUCUUUUCCGCAGGCCUUAUGCAAAAGCGGGUCGAGU